CCUUUCCAAGUGUAUACCGGAGGGAUUUAAGCAGAUGUGCUGUUUGUGAGUGUCUGUGUUUGUGCCGAUCUGACUGAGUGUUUUGGCUCAAAACAUGCCUGACAUGGUUCGCUUGGUCUUCCUAGCGCUGAUACUGCAGCUUUUUGUUCAAAACGCUAUUGCUGAACAGUCUAAGCAACCGACCAGCUGUCGGCUGAACAGCUACGGCACCAAGCUGAUGAUGGAGCUGUACAACAUCCUCAACAACAGAGAGACCGAUAUGUUCCAGCAGGGCGCGAGAAUAAGACGCAACUAUCAUACGUUCGAAAUCCAAGAGGAGCCGAGAUAUUUGAGUAUCGACGAAAUUGCCAACGGAGAAAUGAGCGACGUGGUUUACCUGAUGCGCCCCAUUGAUGAUGGAUCCGGACGAAACAUGAGCAGACUGAAGCUUGAAUUUUCGUCGCCUCAAAUCGAUCUGCAAGCCAGAGUGCUGUCAGCUAAGCUGAAGCUGUUCCAGAACAAAGAACAUUACCAGGUCAAAGAUGAUUUUUACGUGAUCUUGGUCUACACGCGACAGAGGUUUGAUGGAAAAGACUACUUUAUCCGGGCGGGGUAUACAAUCACUGCAGCUGACUAUUCGGGCUGGAUUGCCGUUGACAUAUCGGAAGUAUUCAAGGCUUGGGUGAGGAACAAGACGCAAAUCUACGAGCUGCAUGUGAGCGCCCACCCGUAUAACUUUGCAUGGGCCAUUGUGGAUCCUCGAUCCAUCGGGAUCCAGUUCCAGCAUGGACACCUCCAGAACGAGCCCUUUAUUCUCAGCUUCAUAAGAACCGACUCAGAGGAGCAUCUGCGGUUCCCUCGGAACGUUGAUACUGAUCCCAUCGAGCUGGAUGUGGAACCUGCUGGGAGCAUGUGCGAAAUGGUUUCCCUCACUGUGCAGUUCAAGGAGCUGCACAUGGACACUGUCGUGUUGGCUCCCCAGGAGUAUCUGACCGGAGUCUGUACCGGAGGUUGCAACUUUCCCAUCAAGUUUCCCGUGGAAGCCAGCGCGCAUUCGAUUGUGCAAAGUUUGAUGCAUAUUAAGUAUCCAGAUGAGUUUCCCAGUCCCCGCUGCGCCCCACGCGAGUCCGGGAAUAUGGCGGUGUUGUUUCAAUAUGGCGCCAACACUCUUUACAAGGUUUUCCCACGCAUCCUGGUAAAAAGCUGCGCUUGUCUUUAAUUUUUUUUCGACUAAGUUCGGGCAUUGUGCUGAAUCAAGGUUGUUUCGUUGUCUAGACGAUUUUGUUCUGCAGACGCUCUUAAAACUAAUAAUGACUUAUUAAUUUUAAUUGCAAUGUUUGUCAUUUAAUAAUACCGCUUGAUUAUUAAUUUUCAAUGGAAUAAUUAAUUAAUUAAGGCAUUUAUUGAUACAUUGACCAAAACGUUCAA